AUGGAGUCAUGCGAGCUGAAUCUCAACUACAAGGACCAUUGUCUCAUCAUUGUUGGCGACGGGGGUCCGUCCGAUGAACUCUUGGCUCGAAGACGCUUGCUGGCCGGAGGGCGCUUGGCGCAUUUUCUGGUCAGCGAGGGCCAAGUGAAGAUCCGUGGCGAAGAGCCAAACGUUAUUUUUGCCUGGCAACCUUUCAAUUCCAGCGAAGCUGGUAUGGCCUCACCCUUGGGUCGCAAGCUGGGUCAAUCAUUUAAAACCUACUGGACCAAGACAGGUGCAGAUUGUAUUGUUGUUCCGCCCAACCACACUUUGCACAUCUACACCCUUAACGGGCAGAUGAGGCACGUGCGGCUCGUACACGAGCAAGGGCAUGUACUGAUGGAGAUAUCGGGCGAAGUAGUUUUGGAGCCUGAUGACGAAGUGGCGGGCACCUGGGAGGUUGGAGUGGAAGACCCGGAGCUUAAAGCCUUUGGGACUUUUUCAAAACGCUAUGUGCUGAAGUCUUUAGUAGUUGUGCUAGUUUGGCACGUUAUGAGGUGGACAGUUUCCAUCAAGUUUGAUGGGAGUGCUGAGGAUGGUCAGGAUCCAUGGUGGCGGGGCCUGCUGGUUGUGCUGUCUGCUGUCUUCUUAUGCGCGCCGGGUGUUUGGAAGAAUUGGGCUGCCAGCCUGUCGGGAGAAUCUGACGUGGAUUUGAUGGACAAGAUGUACGCUUGGGUGGGUAGCGUAGUUCUUACUUUGCUCCUCAAUGUGGUGGCACGGUCUGGAUGGACGCGACUCUGCCUCUUCCUGGCUCUCAAGAAGGCCGCAGGGUUGAAGCGGGCUUUGUUCUUUGCACCGACAGCCUUUGGCAAGCUACAUGAUGAGAUCAAGAUCUAUGCAGGCUACUUCAGGUUUCCGGCAAUUUUUGCCUUGGUUUUGAGCAGGGCCUUGGUUUAUCAGAACUUAUCUUUGUCUGGACCUGGAUCUCCAGUGUACAAUGCAUCUGCGGGAGCCGCCUUGCUGUGUCUGCUGGUUGCAGAAUACCUUGAAGACUUCAUCGUGAUCCAGCAGAUUGUUCCCAUGAGCCCUGUCCUUCCUGAACUCAUCGACUAUGAUCUUCAGAAGAGUUCACGGCAUACAAGCUACCUAAGCGCGGAGGUUCGCAGAAUGUGCCCGGAUGACUCUCAGACGGGCUGGCGCUUGGAUGAACUGAAUGACAGCGGCUUCAAGAAAAGCGGUGCAAGGACGCUACAAAUGACUUCACCAUGUGGUGACAGGUCUAAGUUGUCUUCUAUCUUGCCUCUACCUGAAAGCUCAGGAGGAGGGCAAGUUCCGGGUACGUCAGUGCAACCUCCACGACUGGUUUGCAUUCGUGGGCCCGAGGACAAGCCUCAAGCAAAGCCAUGUGCUAAUGCUCAAGACGCUCCCAAUGCACCAGCGCAACAGUCAGUUCUUCUUGUGAACGUUGCAGGUGAUUCACGAAGAGCCAACUUGCCAAGGCAAUCAGCUCUUCAUGUCAUUAGCAACAGUUCUCAGCCAAAGUCUGACACGUCCAACAUGUCAGAACAGCCAGCUGGAUCUUUAGAUGUUCCAGUUGAAAAGUCACAGAGGCAAUCAAUGCUGGACGCGAAUCUUCGCAUGGGGAGGCAGGCAAGCAACAGUUCCACUCUUCAGAGAAACUCUUCAAGGAAAUCAAUGCUUGACGUUAAUGUUGUCAUCGGAAGGCGUACUAGCAAUGACUUAAAUGCUCAGAGAGCAACUUUACCAGUACAGGUAUGGCAGGAUAUGAAUUCUCCUGUGGGGAGUCUGAUCAGCAGUGCUUCCAAUGUUCGGAGAUCAUCGCUGGAUCUUAAUCUUCCCAUUGGGAGGCGUACUAGCAAUGACUCAAAUGCUGAGAGAGCAAAUUCACCAAGGCAAUCAAUUCUUGACGUGAAUGUUCCGUUGGGGAGGCAGAUGAGCGGUGAUUCAUGUGUUCUGAGAGGAAACUCGCCGAGAGAAUCUGGGAGGCAGAUUAGCAACAACAGUUCUCUUCAAAAGUCUGAUGCUUCCAGCUUGUCAGAAGAUGCCAAGGCUUUAGCGCCAGCUGUGUCUCGUGAUGUUUCGACAGCUCCAUUGGGGAGGCAGAUUAGCACCGGUUCAAACCGUCAGAGAGACUCCCCGAGGCCAUCAAUGAUUGAAGUGAAUGUUGGCAUGCAAAGGCAGAUUAGCAAUGGCUCAAAUGCUGCCAGAGCAACCUCGCCAAGACGAUCACGGCUUGAGCCGAAUGUUGCAGAUGAGAGGCAGUUCAGCAACGGUUCUCUUGCUCUUCAAAAGUCUGAUUCCAACUUAUCAGAAGAUGCAAAAAUGCCACAAUUGGUGGCUUCGCUGGGACAGCGAGGGGGCUCGAAGCCUUCAGCGAUACGCCGCUGGUUUGGCCAGGAGCGGGCUGUGCAGCCUUCCCUUUUGCUUCAUGGGUUGCGAGAAUUGCCCUGGGAUUGUCAGCUCAGUGCAGUUGCAAUUGUAUGCGAGGAUCUGUCCGUGACGUGGAUGCUGCUCACUGCAAGGGCUUUGAUGUUUUGGGUGCUGCGAGAUGAGUGCAGUGUAAGUUUGUGGCACUUUGUGUCAGCUUUGGCUGCGGAGGCUCCGGAAGAUGAAGCCGAAAAGGAUGGUGCAGAGGAGGCCAUAGCUCCAUUGACGUGGGAUUUGGGCAAAUCGAUGUUAGCUGGCCAAUGGGCAAACGCACGCCUUUACUCCAUGUUGAACAAACAUGGAAGUGCAAGAUGUGCAGCUACUGAGCCUCCUCAGGAAGAUGCACCCCUUGAGGAGGUGAUGGAUGAACCUGAUGAGGCCCCCGGCCUAAGCCAGAUACAUUGUGAGGUGGAGGAGGAUCAUGUGGAGCCUUGGCUAGACAGGGGCAGGACAGCACACUGCAACUUAUGUUGGAUUUAUCCGAAGAUCAAGAGCCAGGCGGCCCGUGUCGUGGGGCAAAAGGCCAUGUCUUCGAGCCGGACCCAAGCAUCGAGGUCGACGCGGUGGAAAGCCCACAAGAUCCAGCCAAGCCGGCCGAGCCCACCGAGCCAGAACUGCCCAAGCCUGACGCCAUCGAGGUCUUUGAGAAUCCACCGGAGUCACCUGCCGAUGGCCUCAGUGGGCCGGGGGCUUUCGUGCCCGACUCUUUGCUCGACGAGGUGGAGUUCGUUGGAGUGUGCGAGGCUGCUCCAUUGGCUCCAUCGGCCCCUCCCGCGGCCGUUGUGGCCGAGGCGGCAGAAGCGCCGGAACCGCCUCCAGCAGACGCCCCCGGAACGGCGGCGGUGGAGGCCCCCGCAAGUGGGUGCAAUUGGGGUGAGUGGUCCAGGCACCAUCCACCCCUGGACCAUGGAUUUCAUCGACCGCCAGGAAAUCUACCCAUUUGAUCCACCAAAAGCUGACGAAUUCAGGCCUUGGAAUAGCACGCCACACUGCGCUUGCGGCACUGCUGCUCCGAGAAGCCAUGGUCAUUCGGCGGAGCGACACAUCGUGCGUCGCAUCGUGCGCCGCAUCGUGCGCUUUACUGUGGUGGUGGCAGUGGAGAGGGACAGCUCAAUGGCUCCCCGCAAGGUGGACUAUGCUGUCCUCGCUUCCAGUGUCCGGGCCUUGAUCUAUAAGGAUGCUUCUGGCUUGGCCGAGUUGGCAAGGCAGCGGGGCUUGGAGGAAAAGGACCUGGAUCGCUUGAGGAUUUGUUCAGAUGCCUUGCGGCAUGAGGCGGAUCACUGA